UAUCCGAUACAAUCAUGUACAAGUAUUAUCCUAAGCUUAGUUCUCAUUACUCCCACUCCACUCCCUUGCUUUUUCUUUCUCUUUCCCCAAAACCCUAGAUUCCAUCGUUCCAACUCGUGAUUCGCAACUCUACCCGCAAUCAAGUUUUGCAGUGGAAAUUCUAUGGCUGAAGUUGAUCAGAACGCAGGUGAAUUUGAGGCACCGGAAAUAGUUGAGACUGAACAGAAUGAAACGGUGGUUGAUGUGCCGGUUGUUGAGCCUGAGCCUGAGCCUGAGAAGAAAUGGCCUGGGUGGCCUGGUGAGAGUGUGUUCAGAAUGUUGGUUCCUGCUCAGAAGGUUGGAGGUAUAAUUGGACGGAAGGGAGAGUUUAUUAAGAAGAUUGUAGAGGAGACUCGGGCUCGCGUUAAGAUUCUCGAUGGUCCUCCCGGUACUUCAGAAAGGGCUGUAAUGGUAUCAGCUAAAGAUGAGCCUGGCUCUGCUCUUCCACCUGCAGUGGAUGGCUUAUUGAGGGCUCAUAAGCGGUUAAUUGAUGGGUCAGAAAGUGAUGUUGCCCAUGCUCCUUCAGGUGCGGCCGUGAAGAUUUCAACAAAACUACUAGUACCAGCCUCACAAGCUGGAAGUUUAAUUGGAAAGCAAGGAGGAACUGUAAAAUCUAUUCAAGAAGCGUCAAAUUGUAUAGUUAGAGUUCUUGGAGCAGAAGAUCUGCCUGUUUUUGCCCUUCAAGAUGACAGAGUGGUUGAAGUAGUAGGGGAACCCGCUGGAGUGCACAAGGCAGUUGAGAUGAUUGCUUCACACCUUAAGAAAUUUUUAGUUGAUCGCAGCAUAAUUCCAAUUUUUGAAAUGAAUAUGCAAAUGGCUAAUAAUACCCAUCACAUAGAGCACAUGCCAGUGCCCCCGUCCCACCAAUCAUGGGGUCCACCUCAGGGUUUCCCACCAAAUGCUGGGGGAGGUCCUGGUUUUGGAGCCACUCAAUUUAUGCCACCUCCACGACAAGUUGAUAAUUACUAUCCACCAGCUGAAAUGCCGCUUCCAUUGGACAAACAGCCCCAUCAUGGUAUAUCUGCUUAUGGAAGAGAUGCUUCGGUAGGUGUUCACACAUCUUCCAAUACCCAGUCCGCACCUUCCAUGGUCACACAGAUAACACAGCAAAUGCAAAUUCCUCUAUCAUAUGCUGAUGCUGUUAUUGGAACGGCUGGAACAAAUAUAAGCUAUAUAAGAAGAGCCAGCGGUGCCACUGUUACCAUACAAGAAACAAGAGGAGUUCCUGGGGAGAUGACAGUUGAAAUCAGUGGUACUGCUUCUCAAGUUCAAACAGCACAGCAAUUGAUACAGAAUUUUAUGGCUGAAGCUGCAGCUGCAGCUGCCGCACCAGCGCAGCAACAAACAGGUGGGCCUGCUGCAGAUCAAGGAUACAACUCUUACCCUGCUCAUGGAUCUGUAUAUGCAUCUCCACCUUCCAAUCCAGGACAUGCUGGAGGCUAUGGCUCAGUUUAUGGUGCAAACUAUGGGUACUAAUGAUGAGGCAGUGGGAACUGAAGCUGCCCUUAUCGAAAUGUUGAAUGUUGGUAAAAGAUUUAUAGUCUGUUUGGUUCUGCGUCCAGAUUUACUUUAUUGCGUCCCAAUGCUUUUUUGACCAUGAUUUGUUGAAGCUAGACAUUCAAGCUUCUCACUAAACAUGCUGCAGCGUUCAAACCGCCAUCCAGACCAAACAUAGGCUUAGUGUAAUGAUUUAUCAACUGUGUUAGACAUUGCGCAUAUGUUUUGUUUCUGAUUUAUAUAAAAAUUUGAUUUUUUCU